UUAGUCAAUGUUUUUCAACGUAUUUAAUACGCAAAUUUCAUAAAACAAUGGACACAUUUCUUAAAAGUAAGGAUAUUCUUAAAAAAAGUAAAGCUUUAGUUGCUGUUUCUGGAGGCACAUCUCUUGCACUUGUAAAACUUCUUUCACAAGAGCAACACUCGUUCGCAUUUAAGGAAUAUUUUAGUGUUUUUAAUUUUAUUCAUAUAGAAGAGGAGGGUUUAAUAACGAGGACAUCAAAUUUAUCAUAUAUUCAAGAAAAAAUAAAUGAAAUGUUCCCCGAAUCUUCUUUUUUUUCAAUUAAUUUGAGAAACUAUAUACUUAAUUCUGCUGAUAAUGUUAAAUUGUUUUGGGAUAAAGAGUCAGACGCGGUAUUAGCUUCUCAGAUAUCUGGAAAAUCUAUUCAUUCUAUAGAUGAUCUUCUAUUAUCUUCGUUAUCUCCAACAUCUCGUAUAGAUAUUUUGAAAUGUUUACGCAAUAAUAUUAUUUAUGAUUUUGCAGAAAAAGGUGAAUAUAGUGUUAUUAUAUUGGGCGACACAACUACUUCAAUAGCGUCAAAAAUCAUUUCAGAAACAGCAAAAGGUCGAGGAUACUCUAUACCAUGGGAAACACGUGGAAAAAUAAAAUAUUCUGAUAAUAUAUGGUUAUUGCGACCGAUGAAAGACAUUAUAAAACAAGAAGCACACUUUUUUUUGCAAAUUAAUGGAAUUGAAAUUGAGAUAAAAAAAUUUGAUCACAAAAUUACUACAAUAGAUGAAUUAGCUGACCAAUAUUUUGAUAAUCUUGAGAAAUCUAAUCCAAACUUUGUAUUUACUGUUGUUAAAACAGCUACGAAACUUCAGAUUCCAGAGAUAGAAAAAACAAAAGAUCAAAACUCAAAUUUUUGUUUUAUAUGUCAAAUGCCUAAAGAAAACAAUAUUAAGGACUGGAUUAAAAAAAUAACAAUAGACAGAAUUGAUACAAAAAAUGUUUCUAAUAUUAAUACAGACUAUAAUUGUCAUGAUUAUAACAAUAAAACAGAAGAUAUAUGCUAUGGAUGCCUAUCUAUGUUAAAAGGGUUAAAAAGUCAUAUUGUUUUUCCAUAUACUAAAUUGAGAAAUAUUAAUGAAAUAAGAAACCCCAAAAACGAAGUUUUAAAUAAAUAUCUUAUAGAAUAA